AUGCUGCCCCGAGAGCUCCUGUCCCUGCUCACGCUGCUCUGUGCUUUCAGAGUUUCUGGCUCUGUGGUGGAUGAGGACGAUGACUACGAGCUCAUGUACGUGAAUCUGGAUAAUGAAAUCGAAGGUCCAGCUCCUGCGGCUGAGGAAGCUGCUUCCUGCGACUGCCAGCGGGAGCACAGCAAGUGGGACAAGCUGUUCAUCAUGCUGGAGAACUCGCAGAUGAAGGAGAACAUGAUGCUGCAGGCUCUGGAUGAUCUGCCCAGGCUGGAGCUGCAGACCCUGAGGGCAGAGCUGAGCCAGCUGGCCACCACCCUGGCGGGCACUGUCACCGCCGUCACCUCGCGCGUGGUGUCCCAGGUGGAGCAGGCGCUGCUGAGGAGCAGGGACCAGGCUGAGCAGGCCCGGAGGCUGCAGGAGUCGGAGCAAGGGAAGGUUCUGGAGCACGUCCUGCAGCUGAGCCACAACGUGUCGGCGAGGCUGGGCUGGCUGGAGAGCGCCUGGCGCGGCAGGGCCGAGGAGCAGGCACGGCAAACAGCCCAAACAGCCCUGCAGCAGGACAGACAGCGUGGCAGCCCAGGGGACAGCCCCAUCCUGAGCUCCCUGUGGAAGGAGCUGCAGCAGACCCGGGCUGAGCUGAGGGCGUCACAGCAAUGGGCAGCUCAGCACCUGCUGCCAGCAGGCUGUGAAACCGCAAUUCUGUUCCCCAUGCGCUCGAGGAAGAUCUUUGGCAGCGUGCACCCGACCUCUGCAAUGACCCUGAGCUCCUUCACCGCCUGCAUCUGGCUCAAGGUGACCGAGGCCCUGGACAAAACCAUCGUGUUCUCCUACGGAACCAGGUUCAACCCCUACGAGAUCCAGCUGUACCUGAGCCGCGCCUCGGCCGUGCUGGCCGUGGGCAGCGCCCAGCACAAGCUGGCUGCCACCAACGUGGUGGUUCCUGGCAAGUGGCUGCACCUGUGCGGCUCCUGGAGCUCGGAGAACGGAUCUGCAUCGCUGUGGGCACAGGGGGAGCUGGCAGCCAGCGCCUGGCACGUGGCUGGGGCUCACACCAUCCCCGACGGGGGCAUCCUGCAGCUGGGCCAGGAGAAGAACGGCUGCUGCGUGGGAGGAGGGUUUGAUGAAGCCCUGGCCUUCUCGGGGAAGCUGACUGGCUUUAACCUGUGGGACAGAGUGCUCAGCCCCGCCGAGGUGACAGCCCAGAGCACGGGGGACACCUGUGGCACCCGGGGCAACGUGGUGGGCUGGGGGGUGACCGAGGUGCUGCCCUACGGAGGGGCCCAGUACGUGUCCUAA